UCUCCAUGGAAACGAAGACAGCCAAUCAGCGCGGCGACUUCCGCUCCGGUCUGACAUCCGUGCGGUCUCAGACAACGCUGGAGUGGGCUCCGGUGGGCCUGCUGUCGGCGGGCCGGGAUGCUGAAGGCCAAGAUCCUUUUCGUGGGGCCCUGCGAGAGUGGAAAAACCGUUUUGGCCAACUUCCUGACAGAAUCUUCUGACAUCACUGAAUACAACCCAACUCAAGGAGUGAGGAUCCUGGAAUUUGAGAACCCACACGUUACCAGCAACAACAAAGGCACCGCGUGCGAAUUUGAGCUAUGGGAUUGUGGCGGCGAUCCAAAGUUCGAGUCUUGCUGGCCAGCCCUGAUGAAGGACUCUCACGGAGUGGUGAUCAUCUUCAAUGCUGACAUCCCAAGCCACCUGAAGGAAAUCGAGAUGUGGUAUUCCUGUUUUGUUCAGCAGCAGUUCUUACAGGAUACUCAGUGUCUGUUAAUUGCACACCACAAACCAGGUUCUGGAAGUGAUAAAGGAAACCUGUCUUUAUCACCACCCUUGAACAAGCUGAAGCUGGUGCACUCGAAUCUUGAGGAUGACCCUGAAGAGAUCCGGAUGGAAUUCAUAAAGUAUUUGAAAAGCAUCAUCAACUCAGUGUCUGAGAGCAGAGACCGGGAGGAGAUGUCAAUUAUCACCUAACUAGCCUUCACGUGGACUCUUCCACAUCCCGAGCGAGGCCAGCUUCUUUCCCCUGCAGAUCUGAAAUCUUACCUGGCCGCUGACACUUUCUUCUCCCUGCGGCUCUAUACGAAACGUUCCUCACCUGCCCGAAGGUACCAGUCACCCAAGGAGCUGAAUCAUUCCAUCUGUUCUCUGUCUUAACCUAGCCCUGUGUUUCCCCAGGAGCAAUGCUUUCGUAUUUACUAUUCCAGUGUUCGUGGUGACUUUAUAGAAUAUAAUAAGAGUCCACUGUAUCUCCAUCUCUUGCGAUUUAAAGGUUUUCAGGUUAGUUCAGUCUCUAAUAAAUAUUUAAUUUAUUCAAGAUUACAA